GCGGCAGGGAAAGCGCCUCCGGACUGCAGGCUCCUGAGCUUGGGGCUGGCAGGCAGAAGCCCCCUCUGUGGCUGCCUUCCCGGAAGGGUUUCCCUGGGAGUGCCCUGGGCAGGAGCACGUGGACAAACCCCGUGCAAAACCUGCUCGGAUAGGGCCCCGCCAUGCCCUGGCUGGUGGCUCAGGGCUCUGAGUGAUGCGAGCCGGCAGUAGCCUAGAUGGUAGCAAUGCAGCAGGACAGAGUCGGAGCAUUGUCCAUCUGAUAAGUACUGUAGUUAAAUCUCCCAACCGGUGCACUAAUAGCAGGUUCGAAUGUGGGAGUUGUCCCAGAUGUGGUUGCUGCUGAUGUCGCCCUGGGAGAAUGCCUUGAUGGGUGAUUAGCACCAUUCAGUGAUGGGCUGUGGGACAAGCAAAGUGCUUCCCGAGCCCCCCACGGAUGUUCAGUUAGAUCUGGUUAAAAAGGUUGAGCCUUACACUGGUCAUAAAAAUGACGUGUACAAGCACUUCAUCAAGGAUGAUGGUGGAGCGGCUAUCAAAGCCGGCUCCCCCUCGCCCCCUCGUCACACCAACCCCUAUUCCAGUGGCCACCCACCUAACUAUAUGGAGCAGCCUGAGCCCCGCAAGAACAAAGUGGCUAAGUACCGUGCCAAAUUUGACCCCAGGGUGACCGCCAAGUAUGACAUCAAAGCCCUGAUUGGCCGAGGCAGCUUUAGUCGUGUUGUGCGGGUGGAACAUAAGGCUUCCAAGCAGCCAUAUGCAAUCAAGAUGAUAGAAACCAAGUAUCGGGAAGGGAGGGAGGUGUGCGAAUCAGAGCUAUGUGUGUUGCGACGGGUCCGGCACACAAACAUCAUCCAGCUCAUUGAGGUGUUUGAGACACAGGAGCGAGUCUACAUGGUGAUGGAGUUGGCCACUGGAGGGGAACUGUUUGAUAGAAUCAUUGCCAAAGGCUCUUUUACUGAGAGGGAUGCUACCCGAGUGCUGCAGAUGGUGUUGGAUGGGGUAAAGUACUUGCAUACACUGGGCAUCACGCACCGGGACUUAAAACCAGAGAAUUUGCUGUAUUACCAUCCUGGAACGGAUUCUAAAAUCAUGAUCACAGACUUUGGGCUAGCCAGUGCUCGGAAGAAGGGAGAUGACUGCCUAAUGAAAACCACCUGUGGGACACCAGAGUAUAUUGCUCCAGAAAUCCUGGUCAGGAAACCCUACACCAAUUCUGUGGACAUGUGGGCACUGGGUGUGAUCUCCUACAUCCUCCUGAGUGGAACUAUGCCCUUUGAGGAUGACAACCGAACCCGCUUGUACCGGCAGAUCCUGAAAGGAAAGUACAGUUACUCAGGGGAGCCCUGGCCCAGCGUGUCCAAUCUGGCCAAGGACUUCAUUGAUCGCCUGCUCACAGUGGAUCCCAGUGACAGGAUGACAGCUCUUCAAGCCUUAAAGCACCCCUGGGUAGUCAGCAUGGCAGCCUCCUCAUCCAUGAAGAAUCUGCAUCGCUCCAUCUCUCAGAACCUCCUCAAGAGGGCGUCCUCUCGCUGCCAAAGCACCAAAUCGGCCCAGUCCACCCGCUCCAGCCGCUCCACCAAAUCCAAUAAGUCGCGGCGGGUGCGGGAACGGGAGCUGCGGGAGCUCAACCUGCGUUACCAGCAGCAAUACAAUGGCUGAGAACUCAACAGGAAACUGCCAGCUGUCUUUCCAGGUGCACUUCCUGUGCUGCAGGUGUGCAACGCUCCCACGCGGCGGGCAACACCCAGGCUCCUGCUGCAGGAGUGACCCUCCAUGUGCACGAAGCUUGUGGAAAAUGGAACCUUUGCUCACAAGCCCCCAACAGUGGGCACUCCUCACUUGGGUGGGCUGCGUUUCGGAGCCUGAUGCAGGAAGUGGAGCAGUGAAAGCCUUCCUUGUGCUCAUUCAGGUCCAGAGUGAAGGUCAAAGUUCAGGGCCUCAAGUAAUCAGCAAAUUAGGGAGCCACAUGAAGAGAAGAGCCCCCUUCCCAGCCCAGGAGUUUGGCUUCCUUUAGUUAUUUAUUGAUUCCAGAAUGUUAAGUCCCGCUGUAUGCUUGGACAGUAUUUAUAUUGGACUCCAUUGAUGCCGGUGGGAGUCACAUUCACAGCUCGGGUUGGGAUUGCCGUGAUUCAGCUGCAUGAAGGAAAUGCCAGGCAGGAGUCUUCAGUAAGGAGCAUGAAGCAGAGAGGUUUCCCCCAAGGGCCCCGGUGACUGUGAUAGCGUCACAGGUUACUCGUGCUGGUUAAGGAUUGAUUGAGGUAUUGGCGCCCUGGAGCGCAGAUGGUCUGCAGUCGCAGUUCCCCUUUGCCCUGACUGAAGGUUCCUAACUGUGGGCAGGGGAGAGGAUGCGAAACCUGCAGGAGCAAAACAUUUUGCAGGACACCUAAAACCAUCUUUUCUAAAGCGAACCCCAUGGCUAGCCCUGGCCCCCACCCCUGCGCUAGCACUCAGGAAGAUCUCCUCUGUCUCGGGAAGUGUAAGGCUUGUGAGCCAGUGCAGAGCGGCUGGGGCAGGCACAAAGGGCGGGUGCAGCUGUGUCAGGAGAGGCCACUUUGAACAUAUUUUGAGGCAAAAAGCAUGAGGAUAAAUGGAAGCAGAGGUUGGUGCUGGCAGGGGCCCCGCUGAUCUGGGCGUCCUCAGAGGUGAGCUGGCGAUCCUUCUUGCCGCUGGGUUUGAGGUUUUUGAAUUCUUCACCCUAGUGUUGCACCAUGACCCAACAGACGAAUGGUUCCAACUGUGCCACGUUACCAGGCCAAAACUGUGACUGCUCCAGCCAUUACCCACUGCCUCCCAUUCGGCCACCCACGCUGAUUCUGCCAGCGCCUGGCCUGCUUGGCACCCCAGGCCUGCCUUUGGGAUAGCUUCAUGGCAGGUUACGGUGUGCAUAAGGGAGUGGGAUGGGGGCAGUCAUGUUGCCACAGAAACUCCUUGUUAACACUGGGAUGGGAGCCUUUCCUACUGGAGCAUCGGCCCUGGUAACACAUGCCAGGCCUAGGGAAUCACUGCUCCAGGUGCUCCAUCAGGGUCACUCGGCUCCUUGUUUUCCUCCGUGGACUUAAGGCAGAGUCAUCUCUGCCGUGACCUUGUGCAGGAUGUGUCAUUCCCUGUGGCUAGGAGGCACUAAAACACUGAUCUCCAGAGUCCCAGAUUGGUGCCUUACCCACAAGCCUUUCCAACGGUUUUCUCCUCCCUUGUGUAGGAUAAAUGAAGCUGCAGAUUGCC